CAAACACUAUGAGGAAAAUGGCGCAAGACCACGUUUGAGGAAGAAGCACUCACUGCCACGUCCGCCAGCCAGGUUCAUCAGGCCUGAGGAUAUCAACAGAGUUGUGGACUUCAUAAAAAACUAUGCAGAAGACAAUGCCAUCAUGCUGCCUGGCCGACAGCCUGGGCAUAAGGAUUGGCAUGUGAAGUUGCUGCCAACUCAUGUGUCCAAGGCCUCAGUGUGGCGUCUCUAUGUGAAGUUGAUUUAGAAUUGAGUGCUUAUAAUGUGAAAUAAUGCGAAGCACUAUUAGCAAUUACAAUACAAUUAACCAUAAGCAAUAUCUGUUUUUCAGGUGAGCAUGCAGUUUGUAAAACCAGCUUCAAGCACUGUGGGACCGACUUCUCCCACACAUCAAAAGUUGCCGGCCACGCACAGAUCUCUGCUGGUAGUGCCAAAGCAAUAAUGAGCAGCUGAUACGAAGUGCAAACCUCCCAGAUGACAGAAAGUCUGAAGCAGUAAACAAGCAACAAGAUCAUCUUUCCCUUGUGCAGAAAGAGAGGGCUGUGUACAACGACAUGACUGCUGCCUGCAGAAAGAUUUGCUCUGGCUGCAGAAACAGGUGAAUUACCUGAUUGAUGAAGGCAUGUCAUCUACUAAGGGAAGCAAUGAAGUCAUCAGCUACAUGCAUAAUUUCUUCGGCAACUUUGGAGUUGGAGAAACAGAGGUGGAUCUUCAUUGUGACAACUGCAGUGGGCAGAACAAGAACAACUUCAUGCUCUGGUACCUUGCCUGGCGGGUUGGACACAAGCUUCACGAUAAAAUUGAAAUCCACUUCCUUAUUGCUGGCCACACCAAGUUUUCCCCUGACUGUGGCUUUGGACUCAUCAAGCAAGCCUACAUGAAGACAAGAGUCAACACUUUGGCAGACAUCGCUGAGGUUGUGGAAAACAGCUCUCCUGUGAGUCACCUCAAUAUCCCACAGCUUGUUGGAAUGGCAGAGGGCAAAGUUUUAGUCCAGACCUUCGACUGGCAGCAGCAUCUGACUCACCACUUCCGUAGACUCCCACAGAUCAAGAGUUAUCAGCACUUAAGCUUUGAUGCCAAGAGACCAGGUGUGGUGCUUGCAAAAACUCACUGUGAUGCACAACCAGUCGAAUAUCAGCUACUGCGCAACGGAGCAGAUCUGCCCUCUAUCGAUGGUCUUUCUGUCCUGGCCCCACCUGGACUGAACAUUGACAGGCAGACCUAUCUGUAUGAAAAAAAUCAGGCCAUUCUGUGCUGA